AUGCGGAGAGCAGGCCUGAGCAUGGCAUCAGGGCAUGGCAGGCAUCCUCGCGAUGAGGGCUCCUGCUUCUCAUCAAUUUCUUCACCAAUCCAGCCUCGCCCUCCACGACGUCAGCAUCCUCACCUGCUACGACUCCGGGGUGUUGGGGAGCGUGAUCGACUGUCCCUCCCACGCCGCUCUCGUCGCCCCUGA